AUGAAUACGACCAAACCAGUAAUACUGGUGGCAAGAAGCCAAUCGGACUUAUUACAGAGAGGACCAGAAUAUUUUCUGGAUACUGCAAGGUCACCAUAUAAUGCUGUUCUUGACUUCAAUGCUACUUUUGACAAUAAUGGUACCUCUAACUUAACCAGCGAUUCAGGAGAACUCUGGAAUGACUACGUCAAUCUUCUUCGAGAUCGCGCUCUUCUAGUCACAUUCUUACUUCUUUUCUCACUUACAACAGUUUUUGGAAAUAUGUUAGUGAUACUGGCGGUCAUUAGAGAAAGAUAUCUACACACAUCUACUAACUAUUUUGUGACCUCACUUGCAGUCGCUGAUUGUCUUGUGGGGCUUGUGGUGAUGCCUUUUUCUGCACUGUAUGAAGUUUUAGAACACACGUGGUUUUUCGGUGUUGAUUGGUGUGACGUUUGGCGAUCUCUAGAUGUUCUAUUUAGUACUGCAUCAAUUCUUAAUCUGUGUGUUAUAUCAUUGGACCGAUAUUGGGCUAUCACAGAUCCUAUAACAUAUCCUAUGCGUAUGAGUGGACGUAAAGCUGCGUUUCUUAUAGCAGCUGUGUGGGUGUGUUCAGGUGCUAUAUCGUUUCCGGCAAUUGCCUGGUGGCGAGCAGUGCGUUUAGAGGAAGUGCCCGAUUAUAAAUGCCCAUUUACGGAAAAUUUAGAAUAUAUCAUAUUUUCUUCUACAAUAUCAUUUUAUUUGCCCUUAUUUGUCAUGGUUUUCACAUAUUACCGUAUAUAUCGCGCCGCAACAAUUCAAACGAGAUCUUUGAAAAUCGGGACAAAGCAAGUAAUGAGACCUAGUGGUGAAUUGGAGUUAACAUUGCGAAUUCACAGAGGUGGAACAGUGCGACAAAGAACUGAUGUGUGUCAUGGUGCAUGCACUCCAGAAGAGGCGGAUCAAGAACCAUUAACCGCGUUACAAAAUAACGGACUAUCGCGUUCGUCAACGCGGCUAACAAAUGUGACUCAUAAUAAACAUUUGCCCAAAAAUUUUUCUCUGUCGCGUAAACUUGCCAAAUUUGCUAAAGAAAAAAAGGCAGCAAAAACUUUGGGUAUUGUUAUGGGUGUGUUUAUUGUGUGCUGGUUGCCAUUUUUUGUAGUGAAUCUGCUGUCAGGAAUAUGUUCGUCAUGCAUCACUCACGAAGAAAUAGUUAACGUUAUCGUGACGUGGCUUGGGUGGGUCAACUCAUCAAUGAAUCCUGUAAUUUACGCGUGCUGGAGCCGAGAUUUUCGAAGAGCAUUCCUCAGAAUUCUAUGUGUGUGCUGUCCACGGAAGUUACGAAGAAAGUACCAGCCACAGCUUCGCUUCAAACAAUCUCAAUGGCGUACCACGCGCCGUUAUUACUCCACCGGCGAACUGCAAGCCAUUCGACAAAACUCCUGUGAACAAACUUACAUA